CUCUCGUGCCUAACUCGGCAGGAGGCCAACACCGGGAUGGAUUUCGGUUCCCUGGAGACGGUGGUGGCCAACUCAGCCUUCAUUGCUGCCCGGGGCAGCUUCGAUGGGAGCAGUGGCCCAUCUUCUCGGGACAGGAAGUACCUGGCUAAGCUCAAGUUGCCUCCACUGUCCAAGUGUGAGGGCCUCCGGGAGAGCCUGGACCUGGCAUUCCCAAGUGUGUGCUCAGAGCAGCCCAUCGGCAAGCGGCUUUUCCAGCAGUUCCUGGGGGCUGAUGAGAGGCAUGUGCCAGCUCUGGAGCUCUGGAAGGACAUCGAGGACUAUGACACUGCAGAUGACGACCUCCGGCCACAGAAGGCCCGGGCCAUCCUGGCUGAGUACCUGGAUCCCCAGGCCAAGCUCUCCUGCAGCUUCCUGGAUGAGGGGGUAGUGGCCAAGUUCCGGGAAGGGCCCACGGCAAGUGAGGAUGGGCUGUUCCAGCCCCUGCUGCAGGCUACCCUGGAGCACCUGAGCCAGGCACCCUUCCAGGAGUACCUGGGCAGCCUGUACUUCCAGAGGUUCCUGCAGUGGAAGUGGCUGGAGGCCCAGCCUACAGGGGAGGACUGGUUCCUGGACUUCAGGGUCCUGGGGAAAGGUGGUUUCGGGGAGGUGUCUGCCUGCCAGAUGAAGGCAACUGGCAAGUUGUAUGCGUGUAAGAAGCUCAACAAGAAGAGACUCAAGAAAAGGAAGGGGUACCAGGGUGCUAUGGUGGAGAAGAAGAUUCUAGCAAAGGUACACAGCAGGUUUAUAGUCUCUCUGGCCUAUGCAUUUGAAACCAAGACUGACCUCUGUCUGGUGAUGACCAUCAUGAAUGGAGGCGACAUAAGGUACCACAUCUACAAUGUGAAUGAGGAGAGCCCUGGCUUCCAGGAGCCACGUGCUAUCUUCUACACAGCCCAGAUCAUCAGUGGCCUGGAGCACCUGCAUCAGAGGGGCAUUGUCUACCGAGACCUCAAGCCUGAGAACGUACUUCUGGAUGAUGACGGCAAUAUCCGAAUUUCUGACCUUGGGCUGGCUGUGGAGCUGAAGGACGGGCAGACCAAGACCAAGGGCUAUGCAGGGACCCCAGGCUUCAUGGCCCCUGAGCUCUUGCGUGGUGAGGAGUAUGACUUUUCCGUGGAUUACUUUGCUCUGGGGGUGACACUGUAUGAGAUGAUCGCAGCCAGAGGACCCUUCCGUGCCCGAGGAGAGAAGGUAGAGAACAAGGAGCUGAAGCAGCGGGUCCUCUCGGAGGCCAUCAAGUACCCAGACAAGUUCAGCCAGGUCAGCAAGGACUUCUGUGAGGCACUGUUGGAGAAGGACCCCGAGAAGCGCCUGGGGUUCAGAGAUGGGACAUGUGAUGGGCUCCGCGCCAGCCCCCUCUUCAAGGACAUCAACUGGAGGCAGCUCGAGGCUGGGAUGCUGACGCCCCCCUUUGUACCAGACUCACGGACCGUCUAUGCCAAGAACAUCCAGGACGUGGGCGCCUUCUCCACGGUCAAGGGUGUCAUCUUUGACAAGGCCGACACAGAGUUCUUCCAGGAGUUCGCGACGGGCAACUGCUCCAUCCCCUGGCAGGAGGAGAUGAUCGAGACAGGCGUGUUCGCGGAGCUGAAUGUGUGGCGCGCUGAUGGGCAGAUGCCUGAUGACAUGAAGGGGAUCGCCGUGGAGGAGGCAGCCCCAGCGUCCAAGUCAGGGAUGUGUCUGGUUUCCUAAACGUGCAGAAAGAGGUUGCUCUGCAGCCCACAGGGGCGAGGAUGCCUCUGUGAGCUGCUGGGCGCCCGCAGAGCUAUCAGGGGAGAGGCCAGAGUGCACAGAGUCCUGUGCCGCUGAGGAGCCCAGCCCAUAAAUAGUCCACUUCCUUUCCCCCAUUUCACUCAGAAAGAUGCCAUGGUGGUUCCCACGUGGAAUAUGCCAGAAUGCACGACUCGGGCUCUCAUGUUGGGCCGCUGGGGCGGAGGGCUGUUCACAUCGGUGGAUGCUCCGUUUGUUUCCCGGCACCGUCACUGUGAUGUCCCAGAGCCCUGCCGUCUGGGAGAUGCCUUCUCCCACUUGGCUCAGGGGUUGGCAGACCACAGCUGGUGGCUCCUGCGCACUAGCAGAGGGGCCUGGGCUGUGCCUGGCUUCUGCCCCCACCUCCCAUGCUGGCUGGCUGCUGCCAGGGCCUGCACUGGUCACCCACUGCCCACUGGUGGUGCUGGCACCUGUUGGGUGCUGAGUGGUGUGGGCUCCUGGCUUUCCCUGACCAGGCUGGGCCCAGGUGUCCCAGAGGAGGGGCUAAGGGUGGCUUCUCUCUGUCCUGAGAACAUCUCCAGCUGGAGGCACCUGGGCCCAAAGCUGCCCACCCCCUGGGCAGACAGGUGUGCAGGAAUCUUCUCUUUCCAACCCAAGCACUUGCUCACCGCCCCACUCUGCCUCCUGGCACAGCCCUUUGUCCAGCUACGGUGGGCUGGGGGCAGCCUCUCUGUGUCCCCAGAGGCAGCAGCACCUAUGGGGUGCCCUCCCUUGGCCUCUGGCCACAGGGCAUCAUCGGCACUGGCCCCUGUGUUUCCAGCUUCACCUUUAACCCCAUGGUCCCUGUGUGCUGUAUGUGUCCUGAUGGGGAGAACAUGGUUCCUGUGGUAGCGGCCUCCUGAACUGAGAUGUGGUGGCGUCAACCUGGGAAUCCCAUACUGCACACAGGGCUCGGGUGGGGUGGAACGGUGGUCCAAGGCCUGUGGAGUACUUUCAGAAGGGUCUCUGCCUCGACUAGGGAAGAAUUUCUGAGUCUCUACAACCUGCACGCCGUGUCACACACUGGACAGUCAGAGAGCCACGUGAUGUGGCUGUGAGACGGAAGACUGUGUGUAUGGGGACCAUUUGGGAAGAGUGCCCCCAGGAAGAUGCCACAGCGUCAAGGAGGCGAUGUUGGGACCUGCGAGGGAGUGAGUGUAGGGUCCUCCUACCUGGUUUCAGCACGUGCACUGGGGUUACCCCCUCCUGUCCCAGCUGCCUUGGAGAUCCAACCCCAAGUCCCAGGGUGUCCCCACCUUCAGGCCAUCAACCCCGAGUGUAUGGGGGGGGUCUCCACCCUCAGAUUGCAGCAUUCAGUAUUGGGGCACCCCCACCUCAGGCCUUCAACCCCGAGUGUUGGGGCGCCCCCACCCUCAGGCCGUCGACCCUGAGUGUUGGGGGGCCAUUGCCAGCAGAAGUCCGUGUGCAGUCCAGGUCCCUCCACCUUCAGGGAACAGUGGGUCCUGCAGCCCACGGGAGAGUCAUGCUCAGGUGCCGGGCCAUGUAGGGAGUUGUGUGUGGCACACACAGUUGUCCGGGGUGUAGACACCAGCCAGGUGGUGGAGAGAAUCAUAUGUGUUCUUUGGAAGACCUACAUCUGAAGCUUCUACCUUGGAAGUGCCCCUGGACCAGAAAGAUCCUUCUCUCCUGGCCAAGCAUGUAGCCUGCCACCGGCAAAGAGCGGGGCCUGGUAAGGUGUCCAGUGCUUUCUGGUGUGCAGUCCAGAGCUGCCACCUGGUAGGUCUCUGCAGGCAGGCCAGGGCCAGGGCCAGGGCCAACCACUAUGCCCAUCCUUAAACCUGGGUGUGACUUCCAGGAUGGAAGUAGGUGACGGCCACAUGUGUCCCAUCACUACAUUUUGGUGCAAGAAAGACCCAUUUCUGGCUUUUCUAAACCAUUUAAUGUGUUCUAGGUCCCCAUGGCCCAGGACUGGGAGUGAUUCCAGCAACCAUGUGGGUGGAAGCCUGGCUGCUGCCCAGUAGGCCUAUUACUGGAGACCCCUCUUGUGGCAGUGACAGCCACCAGUGGGGACCCAUCUGCUUGGAUGUCCAGAUAAAACACAGGGCAUGGGUUGCUCUGAAUUUCAGAUGAGCAGCAGAUAUUGUUCUUAGAGGGUGUCCCGAAUGUUGCACGGCCUGACCCUACACUAAUGUUACGGUGUCAUGGGCCGGAUCUGGCCUGCCUGGUGCCGAUCAUCCUCGUCAUGUGUAAGGAAGUGGUUACUGUGUUGAACCAGCAGGUCUGUUGGGCGUGUCUCUUGGCCUGUUCAGGAGGGGCCUUUCCCUGGCCUGUGGAGCUCAGGCUGCCCCAGGCCUACCCCCACUCCCUAUCUACAGGUAACCCUGCACACACUUGAAUGGUAGUCUCAAGGUGCUUGUGGUAAGAUGCCCAGCAUGUGGAAAUUGCAGCUCUUGCAAGACACUCCCACCCUCCCCCUGAGCUCCUGGGGGUCUGGGGAGGGGCAGGUCAGUGCUUGCGGGUUCCUUCCUGGUCUCAGGGGGUCUCUGCUGUGGGUGGUCUUCCAGGCACAGCUCCGUAACCUGGCACAGUCCAGGGGUCUGGCUGUCCCACACGUAUGAUGGUCCUCCCCUCUGCUGUGGCUGGAGUCUAGGGGACACGCUGCCCGUCCUGGACUGCAGGGCUGCCCCUGACACAGACUCCUCACUCAGCCUCAGGUGGCCAUCAGGGCUUCAGGGCUUUGGUCAGUCUGCUGGCUUGUUUCUGGCUGGGGGACUGCCCACACCAGGCCUAAGUGGGAAGCCCCUGCACAGGAGCUUUUGUCACUACCCCUACUGUCCUGCGUGCUGCAGCUGCCUAGGGGUCUUCAGAAACUGGCCUCCACACUCCACGGGGGCUGGCCUCAGGCACUCGGGCAUCUAUGGCCUGGAAUCAGAGCAAGGAUCACCUGCGUGGGCGGGGUGUCCAGACAUGCAUCGCGCUGGGGCGGCCCCCAGGGUAUUUCUCCUCAGGAGGAGGCCGGGCAGCGCAGGGCCCCGGAGAUACUGGGAUCUAAACAACUCAGUGGGACUUCUUGUUUGUGAAAAACAAAAAAUGCAGUUUCAAUUCUUUCUAUUCAAGCAGAAAAAGGCAGAAAUAAAAGGCAAAACAGAGGACGGAUUCUAGAUUAUGCUAUGAAUGCUAGUUAUAUUCUUUCUUUCCAAGUCACACACACACACACGUCUAUGCACCUGCAUAUGUGUGCUGACACAGCCCUCUGCAGACGCAUGCACACACACGAUCUGCCUCUGUUCUCAUUUCUGUACAACUAUCAGAUUAUAAUAAUUGCUUGCCACGCCUGUCUUUGCCAGACUUUGAAUUCCAAGCACCUGCAUUUGCACACCUCCGCCUGACCCUGUCUGGUGCGUUGUGUGGCUUUACUCGGCUGCUCCCAGGAGCUAGAGGUGUUGAUAGGCAUCGUUCAUUCCCUUCUAUUGCACACACUUGUUUGAGAUGGUGCAGAGGUGGGUGGCACUGUGGCUGCCUUGCACAGAGGCCCCCAGGCAGGCCCUGGGGUUUAACUAGGUGGACAGGAGGUCAUGCGGAGCGAGCUGCCAGAGACCGGGACAGUAAGGGUUGCAUGUCAGGGAAAUGCAGGUGCCGAGUGCUGUAUAGACACUGCAGAGAAACAUGGGUGCUGUGUCUCAUUCCUGUUUGUGCUCCUCUCUCCACCUGCUGCAGGCCCCCUUAUGCCUCACUGUGCCCACACCUAUGCCAGGUGCUCAGAGAUGCCUGUCCACCUGGGCAAGCAAAUGGUUCCUCCAUGGCCACAGGUGACCUAGGAGUUAGAUUAAACCCUUUCUCUGCUUAUCCCUGUGUGAGGCCCUUGGGAGCCCCUGGAUGAACAAGGCCUCAGACGUGGGUGUUGGUGGGGUUGUGUGGGCUCCUGGCAGCAGGUCUGGCUGGUCCUCACUCUUGCAGGUUCCAAUGGCAGUGGUGUUGUUGGCGGCUCACUCAGUGUCCCCAGGCCCUUGCAGGCCAGCCCAGAGGGCUGGGAGCAUAAGCCACCUUCCCAUUUCAGGACAGCACGAAGCUGACUUUGGUUCUGGGCAUGGUGGACUCUCGUCCCCGCCUCCCCCAACCUGUGAGGACCAGCCCCUUGCAGUACAUGGGACAGCCCCCGGCAGACUGAGGCUGGGGAGGAGGAAGCAGUAGGCUGGCCCUGGACCAAGGGGAUGCCUUCUGCCUCCUGUGACCCAGGCUAGGCUCUAGACAGGCCUCCACCAGGCCCAGGGAAAGCAGCCCCAGGAGGAGUGGCCCUCCAGCCACAGGCACGAAGGAGCCAGCCCUGCGAGGCAGGGCCCCCAUCGACAAGGCACACCUGUAGCCUCGCUGUGAGGAAGUGCUGCGUCUCACCCCCCCACCCCCCAGCUU